AUGACCUAUCGUCUCUACGCCUGCGGCUCCAACGGAAACUUCCAGCUCGGGCUCGACGACGACGAGGACCGCCGCCGGCUCGAAUGUGCGCAGUUCCAGACGGAAAAGGGCCGCACGGUAGACCUAAACGUCAGGCCCAUGAAGAUCGCCUGUGGCGGAAACCACACGCUCGUGCUUCUGGAGAACGGACAGGUUUACGGGGCUGGCUCGAGCCAGUACGGACAGCUGGCCUGUUUGCAAGAUCAUUUGCCAGUUUUUCAGAAGCUCGAUCUCCCGGCCAAGAUGAAAGACGUGGUGGCAGGCUGGAAUUACACCGUUUUUAUUUCCGCACAUGACGAGGUGUAUACCUGCGGACAGGGCUUUACAGGCGAGCUGGGGCUUGGGAAAACACAUCUACAGGCUCUACCAACCAAACUAGACUUACCAGACAACGGCCGCAUAGUCAAGGCCGAGUCCUCGCUCCACAACGUCGUCAUACAGUUUAAGAACGGAGAGCUCUAUGGUUUUGGAAAUAAUAAAAAAGGCCAGCUGCUUGACGGGCCCAAAGUGCUAUGGACCCCCACAAGGCUUGCUGUACAUGCUCGCGAUUUUGCGCUAGCACGAGAUUUUGCUGUGUUUCUCAGCGACGAGCGACUGCUACUCCAAGGAAAAGACCAGUACAAAGUAGCAGAACGGCUCCAGGCUGUUGACCCGGUCGACCGCAUUUGGGCCAUGUGGAGCUCUGUCCAUGUUCUUUGUGGCCGGCAGCUUCUCUCGUGCGGGAACAACUCGCACGGCCAGCUCGCUCCAGCCACCACAAUCACCGAGCCUGUAAAAAUUGCCAUUGGAAGCGAACACGGUCUUCUGGCUGAAAAAUUCAGAGUACUCGCCUGGGGAUGGGGAGAGCACGGGAACUGCGGGCAGCACAAGAAAGAAAAAACGGGCGUCACCUUCGACUACAUGAACACCAUCUACAACGAACAGCAUGUCGUCGCGGACGUGUUUGCCGGCUGCGCAACGUCGUGGGUGGUCGCCCAGCGUAGCGAGAACGUCUAG